AUGGCAGGAAUCGGAUACCUCAGAGCAGCGACUGUGUUUCUUUCACUAUUUAUUCUUCCUGAACUCAGUUUCGCUGCUCCGAAUCCUUCAGGAUUCCGCCUCAGGCUCAUCCCAAGGGACUAUCCGGGCUCCCCUCUAAAUCCUGGAAACCUCACGGAGCUCGAAAGAGAGAGAUUUAUUAAUUACUUUAAUGGUAGAGGUACACAAGGACGAUUGCAUUCAAAUACAGCCAAUUCUUCAUCGUUCAACGACAGAAAAUUUGUAACCCCUCUGUAUCGUGAUACGUUCUACUACAUUGGCGAGUUUUCGAUCGGAUCAGAACCAGCGAAUGUGACAGUGUAUCUAGUUAUAGACACUACCAGUAGCUUAAUUUGGAUGCAGUGUCAGCCCUGCAAAAAUUGUUACCAUCAACAACUUCCCAUGUACAAUUCUCAAGCUUCCAAAUCUUACAGCAAGGUUUCUUGUGAAGAUCCAUAUUGUUCAAAAAGCUCCGGUUUCGAAUGUGUAAAUGAUGAAUGUGUCUACAAAGCUCACUACGAUGAAGGUGGCUCUACAAACGGUAUCUUAUCGCGGGAAUCAUUUACCUUCCAAACUGAUAAUAAAGGCGGCAAUUUAACCGUCCCCGGCGUGGUGUUCGGCUGCUCCAAUGAUAACCAAAAUUUCCCGCAGUUCGAAAGAGAUGGAAUCAUUUCUGGUGUUAUGGGAUUAAGCUUAUCUCCAGAAUCGCUGUUCGGCCAGUUGUCGAAUGUGAUGCAGAAUGUUUUCUCUUAUUGCAUUGUUCCUUUCUCUCCAAUGCUGCAGCAUCCGAGUAUUCUGAGGUUUGGCAAGGAUGUUCAUAUACCAAAUCGACCAAUUUCAACAGUCCGAUACUAUAUCAUGGAAGAGAAUUAUAAUUAUUACUUGACUUUGAAUGAUAUAAGUGUUGGAGAAAGCAGGAUAGGAUUUCCUCCAGAAAUCUUCCUUCCGAACAAUUCCGGGAUCUUCAUCGAUCCAGGGACUCCAAUUACUCAGCUUGUCGCGGAUUCUACUGAUCGCCAUCCCAAUGUUUUACAUUAUGUGUUGCUAGAAUUCCAGGCUUACUUUGAUUCAUUCGGUCUCGUGCAAGUGAAUGGAACCGGACUUGGUUUCGACCUUUGUUACAACCAAACAGCAGAUUUUAAGCAAUAUCCGACGAUGACUUACCAUUUCGUAGGGGGAGACUGGAUAGUCGCCGGCGAACAUGUCAUCGUGAAUUUUAGUUCUGCAGGUUUUUUCUGUGUGGGAUUGACUGCAAGUCCGAAGGGUUAUAAAGACAAUAUUCUGGGAGCAGUUCAUCAGCAAAAUAAGCGCGUUAUUCAUAAUGGAAACCUCGGUGCAAUCCAGUUUUACCCAGAGCGCUGUGAUCAAGAUACUUUUUAG